GUUGCUGUCCUUCCCAGUCGGUUCCUCGCUUUCUCCCUCGUUGCACUCAGGGUUCUUGGUCGGAAAAUUCUCGCGCCGAAGGGGUCAACCAGCCCAAUCAGCUCGUCACCACCUGUCCCCUCCUCCUUUGAUGGCAAAACCAGGUUACUGAGACAGUACAGCUCCCUCUAACAAACCUAGGGCCGUGUACAUAGUGCCCGUCCACCUUUCUGAUGACGUCUGCCUCCGCGCACAAAGAUGAGAUGGGCAUUGCUGCCUACACCGACGGUCCGGAGGCCCGCACAUCUGCACCUUUGUACCUGACGCACCAGUGCCGAC